UCGGGGUUCAAGUUCCGUGCAGCCGUGCAGGAAUAAAUAGGUCCCAGCAAUAUAUUGCUUUUACUCGAGGGCGACUGCUUUGGGAGGGGUAGGCUCGGUGACUUACUUGAUCGCAAGCCGCGGGCACGUUCACUGAAGCGGGAAGCGUGUCAAUGACAGUGCACAGGAUAUAGGAAAGAAAUUCCAAAAUCCGACUUUGUAAUCACGCAGAAACUGCACGUGGGUAGCCAUUCAGCGUACCGGUAGAUGUGGACAGAUGUGGAGAUAGCUUUACACUACUGAAGUCUGAUCACAUGUGAACGAUGGGUUGCUGUUCGUCGAAAGAAAGUAGGGAUUUCAACAACAUCAACGACAUCGAUGACGACAGUGAACCUUACACCGACGUAUACCAUGACAACACCCAGGGUCUUGGUCUGAAACAGCGCACUGUUGACUUUAGAAGCACUAAGGUGCCGGAUGAGGGGAUGCAGAGACCCGAGGUCCCUACUGGUCAGAUGUGGACGGACCCAGAGUUUCCACUGGACGUUGCAAUAACUGACGAGUCCAGGAGGGAGGUGGAAUGGAAAAGACCUCAGGAAAUCGUCCCUGAUCCUGUAUUGUUUGCCGACGGCCCUUUCAGACUGGACAUUCAACAAAGGUCUUUUGGAACUUGUUGGUUUUUGUCAAUGUUAUCGGGUCUUGCCGACAACCGAGAUCUCUGCAAACGGGUUAUCAACGACGCCUCGUACACACCCGAGACAGAUGGAAUAUGUCACUGCAGGUUCUGGAACUUCGGGGAGUGGAGGGACGUCUACAUCGACGACUAUCUUCCUGUGAUUGCCGGGACGAGACAUCUGUAUGGCGCGGCAUCGGGGACAAAUAGGAACGAAAUGUGGGUUCCCUUGAUGGAGAAGGCCCUAGCAAGAUUUCACGGGUCCUACACGUUGGUCAGAGGUGGUCUCUCCAGUGAUGCCUAUCUGCUGCUGACUGGGGGAAUAUCGGAGAGGAUUGACUUUCUGAGAAACAACUCAAGACUUGCACCUGCCGAGCUGUUCAGCCGAAUCAGGACUGCACUCAACAAUGGGGCUUUGUUGACUUGCGGAGUGUCGAAAGAUGGCGAUGGUAUUCUUGGAUUGAUGGGACCCCACUCCUACUCCCUGAGUGCCGCUUCCGUGGUGACGAGGGCAAACGGUGAAAAAGGAUAUCUGUUAAGAAUUCGAAAUCCACACGGGAGCAACGAAUGGACGGGAAAAUGGAAUGAUCAAGAUCCUGAAUGGGAAACCCUUAGGGAAGGUGGAAGCAUAAAAACAAAUCGGAACGAUGGGGAAUUUUGGAUGAGUUUAGAAGAUUUCCUUGAAUAUUUCUACCGGGUCACGAUUUGUUCGCAGCUCCCGGACUUUGACAAGGACGGACAGCCUGAUUCACUGAGAUACGUGUUGAAUAUAUUCGGGGAAUGGCGGGGUAAAGCAGCCGCGGGCCCGGGACGAACUCUGAGGGAACGCCUUCGCAACCCAAGAUUUUCAUUUACAGUUCCUCGGAAAGGUUUUGCAGACAAAGACCAUGUCCCUGUGUUGGUCCAGCUCAUACAGAAAACGGACUACAAGGAGUAUGCUGCCAUAUCUUGUGACCUCUUCAAGAUGACCUACGCUAAUGAAGGGUCCUCCACCUACUACGUGUACCAGAUGGAAGACACAGAGUACAGGAACAGCUACUUCCCCAACCUGCAGGCUACAUUCCGCUACAUGCUCCCUCCGGGCCGCUACUUGGUGCUCCCCUCCACCUUCCUUCGCGGUGUUCACAGGGAAUUUCUCAUACGAGUGUUUUCACCUGGCCCAUUGUAUAGAUGCAGGAGCAUACCAAGUGAGAUAAAUCUCAUACCAAGUCAUCAAUGGGAAUAAAUCUACACAUCGACACCAGCAUCACCAGCAUCAGCAUCAGCAUCAUCACCAACAUCAUCGUCAUCUCCAACAUCAGCAUCAUCUCCGGGAUUCUGCCCUGGUUGGAAAGUGUCACAAGACACCUGUGACUGCUGUCUGCAGCUACACUGCCAGGAUCACACAGCAUAUGGCAGGACAUAUUUCCAAUUUCACGAACUUGUGAAAAAAUAUGUGUAAUAUGUUAAUGUGUGUUUGUCCCCAUCCGUUCGUCGUUAAUCAUGCUGUCCUGCGUGUCACUCCGCAGGGGCUACAGAUCGAUCCGUCAGAAAAGUGUGCUGUAUGAUUUACUAGCACUGUUACAUCUCCGACUGCCAACUCGUAAAAUAGUUCAAUAUAGUUGCCUGUCUUCCAUAUUCACUAUCCUCCUGAUAUGAAUACUUUAUGUAAUCGAAAACGAACUUUGAAUAAGGAUUCCUGAUUGCAAACCGGUACCAGUUUCGAAGGAGCCGACAUUCUUACCGGUAACAGUUCGUUAUUUUAACUGUUUAAAGGAAAUAAGGACUGUAGCGUGUAACUUUUAUUCUAUCCAUGUUAUUAGAAUAAUACAUAUUUUGUAAUAUUCCUUUUAAAUAGAUUUAGUAUAUAUAUAGUAGCUGUUCAAAUGUAUUCAUCACGUAAUAUAUCAAUUGUGUGAGGAAAUAUUAUAAGUGCCUUAAUAAUAUUGCUUGAUAUGAAUACAGUGAUAAUUGCUUGAUUACGAUUUCAGCUUAAAAUGACAUGAGGAAAAUUGUAUCUUUUGGGGAAUACGCAUAAAGUGUCUGAACUACACUAACAUCUAAAUGAAUAAUAGAUACAUUCAAACACGGUUGAAAUGACCUACGCAAAAACUUCGAGUUAUUCGAAGUUCGACACAGCCGGAAAAUUACGAAUAAAGAAGGUGUGAGCAGGGACCAACCGUUUACUUCGAGACAACCGUAAGUUCGACACAUCAAAAUUUGACACAACGGUGUUUGACUGUAUCACAAAUAGGUAAAAUAAGAUUUCCUUUUUUUCUUACAUAAAAUACACCUGUCAUUCCUAUGUUCCCCAAUAUGUCUGCCGGUUUCUAUCCUGAGUGACAAAUUUAAUCGGUCAAGAACCCGUCUGUUUUCAUAUUUUCUAAUUAUGUUGAUGUAGGGUUCAAACACAAAAUAUGCAAUUUGAGUAAAAACGCAUACCCAUCCUGCUCAUAUAAUUUCAAUCUACAAAGUAUUAUAAGAACAUAUCUACGUUUCUCCCAAACUGUUCUUGUCUUCCCAAUACAAAUACAUACAGUGAUAAAAUAUUUGUUACUUUAGAUGUCCAAUUUCUUUUGUCAUUUACAUCAUACAUCAAAAGCAUCAUUAUUAUAUAAUCUCUUUUUAACAUACCAGCGGUCCAGCAUGUACACUGUCAGCAUCAAUAUUUCAUGGACAGUUUAAAGUAUUUUUGCACAGUGGGCAUCGUGCACAUUUGCCUCCUACAAUGCUAGAUGCUACGUAAGACUUAACCCCAAGAAAUCGUUCACAUCCUGACAUAUGUGCCUUUAUUUCAUUGACGAUAUCCAGUCAUUACAUGUCUGCACCAUGUAACAAUACUGAACACAUUUGUAAUCGAAAUAUUAAAGAAUAUUUUAUAUGG